AUGGAAACAAGACUCAGAGCCACCCUGUACAAUAGGGAUGACUGCAAUGCCGCAAUCCGCGGCCAAAAGAUUACCGGUUCUCUCGGACUGAAUGUCCAACGCUUCGCUGUUAUCCGUGGCAUUCGACACCACGAUGGUUUCGCCCAAGAGUUACGCGGCGUCUUGCCGGAGUUCACCCGUGCACUCAACGCGCGUGCAAUUAUGAGCGGAGUGAUUCCGGAAAUGAAUGACUCCGCUGAGAUACCCUAUUGCAUCUGGUAUCCGGAACCUCCAUCCCAGGAGACCCUUCGCAACUUGGUGAAGCGUUAUCCCAACAUGAUUUAUCACGCUGCUCGCUCCUGUGCCGUGGCGGGGUAUUUUGAUCUUUACUUGGAGCUUCAGGUUCUUCCUGAGGUUCAUGUUGCUGCCGAGGCUCGCGACGCUAGCCUAGCAAGAAAGAACAAAGGCAGCGAGGCAAUAUACGAGCAAAUAAUGUCGAAUCAUGUGAAAUUUGAAAUCAUGAAUGAUUAUGAUCGAUCCGUCAAUCUUCAAAAUCCUCGUCCGGCACAUCUCAAUGGAGAUACGGCGGUUUUUUCCGAUCUCACUGCACGGAUGCUUCAUGCAGGAGUGGAAACCUACAGCAGCAGCAGCGAUACCAGGGGCUUCGUUCGUCUUGUUGAUCACAUCGAGUGGGCUGACAGAGAAUACAAUACGUAUAACCACUUCAACAUCACUGAGGAUAUGGGGAUCGACGAUCAUAGUUGUGGUGCCGAGCCUCUGGCCAGCUUUUGGCCACUUCUGUAUUCGCCUCUGCCGUCAGACCUUCCACCAGUCAAUAAAGACAACCUGAUUCUAUCGGCUGCAUAUAGAGGUGACGUGGAUCGAUAUGUACGCCUACGACGCCCACGGAUGAUUGAUCAGGAAUUCCACGCCAUCAUUUUGGGGAUAUACAACCACCCCCUUUGGGCGCGAUGGUGGAGCACACAGGUGCCGGAGGUCCCCGAUAAAAGGUAUGAGGUAGACAUAAGGCGCGCAAUCAAUGUUCGACGCAUCAUCAGCGACGAUAUUACUUGUAUCACACCAAGUACCCCGAAAUGGCUGGUACCUCACAGAAUCUGGUGGCCCAGUGUCGCUUCUCCAGUGACAUACGUGCGUCUCGCUCAGAAAAGGCCUGAUAUUCUCCAGUCUUGUCUACGAGCAUGUAUUGUCGCCGAUUACGAAAAUGCGUGGGAUGAAAUUCUGACUGGGUCAUCCGAUGGCCCGAAUGAUUCCAAAGCCACUCGACUUUCCAAAGUCGUCAGAUCGCGUAUCUAUGCCGAGGCUAAAGAUUCAUCCAACCCGCACUACCUCAACGACAUAAAUUUGCUUGGCACAGCCAGGUUGGAGGAGCUUAAAGCCAGUAUGUACUACUUGGACGGCCUGUUUACUGCGAGACGGAUGUAUUCGCCGUGCUCGACUGCAGAGAGAGUUGUAAUCAACGACAAGCCCUUCGCGUUGACAUCGGCGGAGAGGGGUUCGGACGCGAUUCCGGAUGAGCCGAGUGAUCUGGGAUUCACAAUCUUUGGCAUGGAUGCAAUUGGCAUGGAUGCAAUUGGCUUGGAUAACAAGACAUGGGAGAAGGGAAGUUACAUUGAGGUCGAAGAUAUGUACAAUAUCCUUGAUGCCAGAGACCUUCAAACAUAG